CGUCCACCCGCUUGUUGCGGCUGUGCUGCUGACUGUGGGCACCACACUGGGAAGGGCCCACCGGUCUGUUACUCACCUCCUUCUUCUGGGGUGUGGCUUGCUUGGUGCCAUGGUGCCGAGCCUGACGUGCGGCCGGGGGCUCUGUGACGUGCGUGUGUCACUUCGUGGGGCUGCUACCGCGUCGCGUGCGUCUGGCAUGCCCAGGCUGCUCGCUCGCUUCGCCCACUCGCUAUCGUCCUCCUUUCCGCCCUACUGCUCGCUCUGUUCGUCGCCUCGCUUCGUCCCAUUCGAGCGCCUGCACCAUGGCCAUCCGUUCCUCCAUGGGUGCUGUUGGUUGAGUUUGCCUGGUUUUCACGUUGGCUCCUUCGUAGGAGUGUGGGUCAUUCAGUCCUUGCUGUCCAGCUCAUUACUGCGUCUCCAUUCUGCUCGUCCGGCCUUGUCAAGGAUGUGUGCAUUUGUUUCGGUUGUUAUUCCUAUUUUGGAGGUUGUGGUGGCCGAAUGCGCUUUGCCAUCCCUUUUGUACCUGUGGGAGGUCACAGAAGAUGGCUAGCUCUGUCCUUACUGGGGUAGAGCCUGAGCUUUCCCGGGGAUGGUUCUCGUCGAGUGCCUCGGCGAGAGUUUUUUUGGGGCUCAGCCUGUUGUGGGUUCAUGAAUGCUUAUGAACAAGCUGAUUUACACGCCAUAUGUUUUUUACAAGGGCUAUAUGGAUUCGUCGUCCAUGACUAUAACUAUGGCUGUAUGAUGGCCUAUAGGAGAUCUGCACGUUCAUCCAUAGUUAUUGCGGUCUCUGUUGUUCGACACGUUAUGCGCCUGGAGAGAGAGUUGCUUCAUUUGUGGUCUGCACCUACCAAUAUGCCCAUUGUUUUGUCUGUUGUCCCAGUUGUCGCUGAACAGACAAAAGCAAUUGCUGGUACUAACAUUUAGUUUGUGAAUAUACACAAAUUUCCUUUAAAUUGUUUGUAUCAUUGUGUUUA